AGUGGCUCAGAUUUUUACCGUUAGAUGCUCAGUUUUGAAAUUUGUUGCUCAUUUUGUUAUUGUUUACAUAAAUUUUAGAAUAUUCUUUUCAAUUGUGGAAUAAGAGGAAUAAUGCUGUUGGAAGGACUUGUGGACAGUUUGAAUUGUUAUUAUCAUAACAGAAAUCUACAAAUCCAUACAAUCUUCAUCACUGAUUUCAUAUUCGUCACCUCCGUCGCCCAGAUUUUCAAAGCUUCCUUUGCUGGUACAGUGUAAUUGAAGUCAAACAGGAUUUUACGCAGGAUAUCAAGUUCAUUCAUGGAAUUUACAAAAGUUGAUUUGGAUUUUUGUUUUUCAUGCACAAUCUCUUUAUGAUACACUUUAAUUCCAUCAUUAGUCACCAAUACACCUUCGACAACUUCAAAUCUCUUCAUUUCUAUGCAUGGCUUCAGAAUUUGGCGAAUAUUAAAUGACCAGUCAGCGCUUGUGGUGUACUUUAUAAGAUUCAAUUGCUUUUUAUCGAUGAGAAAUUUGUUGAAAUUUCUAAUGCUGUUUUUAACAAUUGUUGCCAGCGCUGAACUGGCAAAUACACAACAUAAAGCUGUUUCAGGAAUCAUUUGAUCUCGUGAAAAUCGUCUGUUUUGGAAGAAGAAAGUUUCUAAAGGAUAAUGAGUCAUAUCCAGUUUAAUAUUCAUAUGAGUGAAUAUUCCUUGAAUUGCUGCAUGACUGUUUGCGUUUCUCAUAUCUGUAGCAUCCUUAGCAGAUGCAAAUCUUAUCCAUACCUUUUUUAAGUCUCGAGAGCAAGCUUGAAUUGUUUUCACGCACUCAAUUUCAUCGUUCUUUUUGAUCAUGUCCAUUUCUCUUUUCACAUAAUUCAUCUCUUUUAUGAUAAAUGUGGUGUUAUCUUUUAAUUGAUCACUAAAAGUGGUGGUGAUUAGAUCAUUUUUGUGUUCGACAGCAGACGUAAGUUUUGUCACAAUUUCUAACAUAGAUCUGUUCAUUUCUAGCAUAGCUAUAAGCAUUUUUUUAACAUCAAUUUCAUCUUUCUUCAAUAAUGCACUGUAUUCAUCAGAGAUACUUUUUGCUUCGUGUAUGAUUAAAUUAAGUUCAUUGAAAGACCCUUUUGGUGUGAUGUGUGUGUCCAAUUUAUUGUGCUUGGUUAUAUUGCUUUCGCUACAUUUUAAUUCCUUUGGUGAUAUUUUUGAUUUCUUGGAUGAAUUGUUCGGUGAUAAUUUUUGAGACAUUUCGAUUUUCGGAUGUUCUUAGCCCUAUUUGAUUAAUUUUUUGAUGUGGCGUAAUAAGUUGAUGACUUGUAUAAUGUGUUUAGGUCUUAAAAAUCACUAAUCAAUUACUUAAACCUUUAAUUUCACCUUUUUGUUAAAUUCUACCGACUUAACCUAUUUAUUCUCUAAAAAAACCUCAUGCAACCUUUUUAAGCAUCUUUAUUAAUGUGGCUAAAUUGAGUUUGUUUAUUUGUUUGCAAUAAAUUUAUAAUCAUUUCAAUUUUCAAUAUUACAAGUCUAUAUUGCUACAUGCCAUUUAAAGAUAAGCUGAAACUAAAGUAAUACUUUUUUAAUCUCAUAUGACCAGGCAGUCCACUUGCGUACUUAACAGCCGGAAAGUCCCGCCUUUUUGAAGAAUGUUUUACCUAAAAUCUUCAAUAUCUCGAUUUUUUGAACUUUUUUUUAAAAUAAGAUAUUUAAAAAAUAAACUUUUUUUAUAAAAAUAAACCUGUUUUUCAAAACCAACAAAAAGAUACUACAAUAAUCGUUUUCAGUUGUCAAUGUCAGUGAUCGCAAGUCUGUUAUCUUAUCAAUAAAAUUGAUUACUCACCACACAAGAUUUGUAAAUCCCCGAAAAUAAAAAAAAAAACACAAUUUUCGAUUCAUCUUGAGUUCAGUUUUAAGAUUUUGAUUUGAAUUCUUUCCAAGCAGUACACUCAUUAUUGCAGUCAAGCAUAGCAAGGAUUUAUGUGAGCUUACCCAUGGCUACGCAGUUGACUGAAUCAUCUUCAACCCUCCAUAACUUGUUCAAACUCUCUUCUAGUUUAAAAUAAUGUAAUUUCCUACUGGAUUCUCAAAAGAACUGAUCAGUAAUAAUCAUAUGAUGCUCAGACAAGCUACUCUCAAUCUCCUCUAAAUCCUUAUUUCUUACUCAUCUAAAGAGAAUGUUUAAGACAUUUAAAAAAUUGUAUAUAAUCAGGGAAACUUUACUCCUAAACUGACAGUUGCUUUUGAGAGCUUCACAUUAUUUAUUAGACCUGUGAAAGCUGAACACAACUUAUCAGAGAGAGCGCAAUUUAUAAUCACUAAAUAAUGAAAAAAUUAAGGACCUUUGUCUUCCUUCAAAUCUUAAUCGAAUUCAUAACAUUCACGAACUCCGAAGUCGUCCGUUGUGCAUUUCAAUACAAAAAUUGGGAUGAUUUUGUUGGCAAGCCAUACACAUGCGUAGCUAUGAAUGUCAAUUUCCCAACUAAAAUAGCAGUUGACAAAGUCAGCGGCAGGCACAGAGCGAAUCAUGGCAACAAUAAUGUUCAAGCUUUGGAUAUAACUAAUCAGCAAUGUGAGCACUUCCCUGGAGACUUUAAUAAAAUCUUCUCAAACCUUGAAGGUCUUGCAAUUGUCAAUUCAAAACUGAAAAGCAUCUCAAAGAAGGACCUGGAAGUCUUCCCAAAGCUUAAAACCAUCAAUUUUUCUAAUAAUGAGAUCAAGCAAUUAGGAUUCGCACUUUUAACAAGCAAUCCAUUGCUUAAGAAGAUCUCAUUUGCUGGAAAUCCACUCAUCGGCAUUGGCAGUGACUUACUUGACAACUUUGAAGGCCUUGAACAAGUUGAUUUUUCAAAUGCUGGCUGUAUAGACUCAAAAGGUGCAUCCGAAGACGAAAUCGAGACAAUAAAAGGUGAAAUUAAUGAGAAAUGUCCAGCAACUGAUGAAAUGAGGAGCAUCCAAGAGAGUGACAUGAAGUUUUACUUCUGCAGAGAUCAAUUAGAUAAUGCGACGGCAUCGGUCGAUGUCUGUAAUGUUCACUGGGAAAAUUGUGUUUUAGAAUACGAGAAGCUUGAAGAAAAACAGAAGGAAUGUGAAAGUCAAAUCGAAGUGUGUGAAAAAGAAGGAGCAAAGGAAUGCAAUGAAAAGGUUAAAGCAUUAAAAGAGCAAGCAGAAGUCGAUGCAGCAAAGAUUAAAAAGCUAGAAGCUCAAAUCGUUAAGCUAAAGGAGGAUAGUAAGGAACUUAAGAGCAAUUACGAUCGUGACAUUGUCAAACUGCAAACAUGCAAAGCUGAUUUAAAGAAAUGUAGCGAUCCAAAACCACCAGCACCUGAUACAGACCACAAAACAGGACAAGGAUCAGGAUGUAUCGAUCAACUGCAGAUCAUCAUCGAAUGCGAUCAAUUCUACGGUACAACAUGUGUGUCUGAGUCUUCUUUGAUUCCAUUUGAAGGAAUGACUGUUGGUGGAGUCAAGCUGCCAAAUGGAACUGUCGUUGAUGGAAGCUAUAUAACAGAACUACAACUUAGUGGUGGAGCCAUUCGAGCCAUUCCAGAUAAUUUCGGUCAAUACUUUGCUAAUCUUGUCACAUUGAUCAUGGAUAAUGUUAGAGUUGAGGACAUCAAUAAGCACUCAUUUAAUGGAAGCAGAAAGUUGACAAACUUGACAAUGACUAACGGUAAGCUUACAAAUAUCCAUAAAGAGGCAUUCAUAUCAGCUCAAAAUAUCAUCACGAUCGACUUUACCAAGAAUGAAUUGACUGAAAUCAGUGAAGCUAUUCAGAAUCUCGUUAAGCUACAAAUAUUGAUCGUUGAAUCCAAUCAAAUUAAUACUAUCGAAUGGAAGAAGUUUGGAAAGUUGAAGGACAUUGAGGUUAUCUCGGUCAACAACAAUCCAUUGGAACAUGUCGACUCUGGAUUCUUAAACACUGAGGUCUUUACAAACUUAGUAAGCGUUGACAUGAUGGGAAGUAAAUGCAUCAAUCUCAAAUAUCCAUCAGCAAAUGCAGAGAAGAUCAAGCAAGCCCUGUACAAGGAUUGUCCAUUUAAGGUGUCAGUACAAUGUGAUUAUAAGAAGGUUGGAAGAGAUUACGUCUGCGAAGUAAAGGAAGCUUUCAUGUACUAUGAAAACACAAUCAUCAGUGGAAUCACUGGUGCACAUCUUUCCGAAGAUAAAACAGUGGCAGAUGUGACGAAGCUCAUCAUAAAUGGACAAGUCAUGCACUACAUACCAUCAAAUCUUAUCAAACAAUUCGGAAAGGUCGAAAAACUUGAGAUUGACAAUUCUGGACUUCUAGAAAUUUCUCACUUGACUGGAUUAAAGGAAGUUGUUAUCAUCAACAACAACGUUACAACAAUUGAUGAUAAUAGCUUUAGUGGAUCUCCGGAUGUUGAAGUUUUAACUCUUACUGGAAAUAAAAUUGCAAAAAUUACCGAUGGAGCAUUUGCUAAUAAUAAGGAUGUCUUGACAUUCGACAUUUCAAACAAUCAACUUGCCAACUUUACAUCAACAUCCAUUCAAACUGUUUUGACUAACGGCGCAACUAUCAACUUAUCAGGAAAUCAACUUACAAAUGUUGUUUGGUCAUACACUGCACCUACAACAUCUCAAAUUAUUGCAACAGGCAAUCAGUGCAUUGAUGGAAAGUCAGGAAAGAACAUGCAAGCAUUUGUGAAGUCAAUUCAAGAAAGCUGCUCUCAAAAGGAGGAAUUAGAGUGCGAAUUCAAGUAUUUUGAUGAUGAUUACGCCUGCGUUGUCAAAGAUCUCAACAUAAUUAGUGAAAACACAAAGAUCACUCGAGUUCAUGGAAUUCAUACAGAAUCAGGCAUGACAAGCAAGACAGUCACCAAAUUAAUCAUCGCUAAUCAAAAUAUGGAAUAUUUCCCAAUCAACAUCGCUGAAGUGUUUCCAGGUCUUCAAAAAGUUGAGGUUACAUCGUCCAAUUUAAGGAAAAUUUCAAACUUUGUUGGCAAAAACUUGGAGUGGAUUAAGAUUACAGGCAAUAAGAUUGAGGCUGUUGAAGGAAAUUCAUUUGUUGAUUCACCAGCACUUAACUUCAUUGACAUCUCAAACAAUGAAAUUACUAAAAUUCCAAGGAAUGUCUUUGACAAAAAUUUGGAAUUGUUGGAAGUGAACUUGAGCAAUAAUCGUCUUGAAACCAUCAAUUGGGCUAUGUUUACAGUCAUGACUAUGUUGCAGACUGUUGACGUCAGCUAUAACAAGCUUAAGCAGAUUGACUGGACUCAGAUUACAACCGAUUUGGAGAGCAUUGAUCUGACUGGAAAUGAGUGCAUCAAUAUGAAGUAUUCUGCUGAGGUUAAGGAUAAGUUUAUGGAUGCAAUUAAUAAUAAGUGUGGAAGGGAGACUACAUUGUCUUGUAAAUUCAAGAAAGUCAGUGCUGAUUACGUCUGCUAUACCAUCAACCUACAGAUCCUGAACGAAAACACAAGAAUCACCAGCAUUGAAGGAAAGCACGUGGUUGGCAAAACAAACAAGGAUGUGACAAGAUUUGUUUCAAUCAAUCAAAAUGUCGUUUACUUCCCGAUCAACAUUCGCAAAUUCUUUACAAUCUUAAAGGUUGUUGACAUUGUCAAUCAAAGCUUUAGACUUAAGGUCAUUUUCCUUAGUGAUACUGAGUUUACAAAGACAUCAAAUUAAGGAUAGAUUGACAUGGAAAUUGUGGAGUUAAAUGUACAAUGUUUGAUCAAAAAUCUGGAUUAAAUGAAAUUUAAUAAAAGGACAAAAAACAAAAAUUUA